CAACCCACCAACCCACCCACCACGAUAUUCACGAUGCCCGACCGCCUGCCGCCGCUGGGCGAAAUCAACCCAAAUAUUACACCUCCGUUACGCAAGAAGAUGGGCAAGAAGUCUACCCCUAUUAUCAACCGACGAUAUACACCAAAGAAGCCAAUCCAACGAGUUGAACGGUCUUAUUCUCGGCAAAAGAAAACAGAGGUAUUAACUUACCUUGAGCACCACCGGUACCCAUUGAACCCCUCUGGGCAACAGCAAAAUCUACGGCAGCAACGGCCGCGGGCCAACGAUACCCCUCUUGACCUAGCCAACGGUCUCCGCCGCCUAACCUUUCCUGAGGCUGCUGCCCGCUUCAAAAUACCUGUUACGACGAUAUCUAGCUGGUACUGACAACAAGAGGCUCUUGCUAGCAAUAGUCUAGCUUCACUUCUAGCAACAACGAGCCUGUGACAAGGUAGUUACUACCGGAUGGUUUAAGCGGGAGGCCUGGGCCCUUUUUACAGCCAACUAUCCUAACACCCUCAUGGCCAACAACCUGCCUACCUACCCCUUCUGAUUCUCUGUGGGUUGGUUUAGUGGCUUUUGCACACGAUGGAAUAUUUCACACCGCCGGAUUACAAA